AUUCCAUCGCCACCUCACCGGGUAUUCAGACAAUGUCUCUGAACACACCAGCGACUUACAAGCUUCAAGUUGCACGGUCUCUUGCAUGAACAGUCCGAAUAUUCAGUCAGCGCACGGAUUUCUUGGCAGUUGUAACUACCAACCCAGCCCAGCAUCGAAUAGUGAUUGCUGUACUAAUCAUGCUUUCGUGGCUUCUUCGGAAGGAAUCAUAAUGUCGAUUUGAACACGGUUUCAGAUCACAUACACAAUAGCUGAAAGCCACUUGCUCCACACCAUCAAAUAAUAAAUCUUGCGCUCAUGGCGACGCCCACGGUGCCCAACCGGGGCUUGGUGGUGUUUUCUGGAGGAAGUGCCGCCAACAAUCUAGUUGAUGUCUUCAACUCGGUGCGCGAGACCAAGGAUUGUCCGCUGAGCUAUAUUAUCCCCAUCAGCGACAACGGUGGCUCUUCUUCCGAGCUGAUUCGGAUCUUUGGUGGCCCUGGAAUCGGCGAUGUACGCAGUAGAUUAGUCCGUCUGAUCCCAGAAUCGCCGCCUCACUCAGAGCGCGCGGCGAUCAAAACCCUCUUCAACCACCGCCUUCCAGCGGACGCAGUGCAGGCCCACGCCGAAUGGCACUCGAUCGUGGACGGCACCUCCGAGAUCUGGAAGCUGAUCACGCCGGCCAAAAAGGAGCUGAUCCGCUCGUUCUUCAACCUCCUGAACCUGGAGAUCCUCAAGCGCGCGCGACCCCCGUCCUCCACCUUCGACUUCACCUCCGCCAGCGUCGGCAACCUGUUCCUGACGGGCGCGCGCCUAUUCAGCGGCAGCUUUGAAAGCGCCAUCUACCUGCUGGGCAGCAUCUGCGGAGUGCCCUCGGACCUGGUGCGGGUGAUCCCGGCGAUCAACUCCAACUUCUCGCACCACAUCUCCGCGUCGCUGGCGGACGGGACCGUGAUCGUGGGCCAGAACAGCAUCUCGCAUCCCAGCGAGGCGACGGCGCUGCGGCCGGGCUCGCGGCGGCCCAGCCUCCUCCUCGCCGACGGCGGCGAAUGCCUGGAGGAGGCGGACGACUCGGGCGCCUUCUCCUACGAGGACGACCACCCGCCGGGCUCGCUGCCCACCCUCCGCAACAAGAACAUCUCCUUCAGCAAGUCCGACAACGAGGACCUGCCCUCCCGCAUCACCCGCAUCUGGUACAUCAACCCCUACGGCCAGGAGAUCCGGCCCCCGGCCAACCCGCGCGUCAUCGAGGCCCUGCGCGACGCCCAGGCCAUCGUCUACAGCAUCGGCUCCCUGUACACCUCGCUGAUCCCCUCGCUUAUCCUCCGCGGCGUCGGCCACGCCAUCGCCACCGGUCCCGCCCGCCACAAGAUCCUCAUCCUGAACGGCUCCCUCGACCGCGAGACCGGACCCCCCGCCGCCCCCUUCUCGGCCGCCGACUUCGUCGAGGCCAUCACCCGCGCCGGAGAAGAAAGCCGCGGCCGCGCCGUGUUGGACGCAAACCAACAACCGCUGAGUGACCAGCCCCUGCCGUACACCGCCUACGUCACCCAUGUCCUGCACCUGGAAGGGCCCGGCACCCCCGCGGUGGACAAGUACCGUCUCGCCGCCAUGGGGAUCGAGACCCUCCGGCUCUACGGGCGCAAGAUCACCAGCCCCGGCGCCGACGGGGAGGAGGUCGCCGUGGGGAUGAAGUACGACGCGACCGCCUUGACCCAGGCCCUGGAGGUGGUUCUCGGAAGGAAAGGCGACGCCAUGCUGCGCGGAGGGGAGAAUAAUGGGCUGAGUAGGAGGAAUACCCUAGACCCCGGGAGGAAGAAGGCAUGAGAGAUGGAAUGUCUUUGUAUCGUAUUACCGUUAUCGUACAAGAGUAGAGCUUAGCUCCUUAUAGAUCAUUGCUCCUAAAUAAU